AUGUACAAACACCAAACCAUCAUUCUAACAACGCCUUUCAACUACUGUCAAGACUUACAGGACUCGCUUAGUUUUCAAACUGAACACGUUGAGUCACGUGAAAGCUUUGGAUGUAACACCUUAGAAUCGAAACUUGCUACCUUCGUCUGUCGCGUGAAGACUGUGCCUAGGGAACACCGCGUUCUACUUGCCAUCAUUGAAAUUUCUGAGCUUCAUCUUGCACAAGACCUAAAUAAGCAGAGCAAUGACUCGCUGCGUCGUCGAAAGGAGAAUCAAGACGCAUUUUGUGUCUGCGACGUUUUGGCUGGUGAUGCAGACGCCACUUUGCUGUCAGUUUUCGAUGGACACGGACCACAAGGUGCUUUCGUCAGUCACUUCGUACGCGAGCAAUACCAUCAAGCAGUGGCAAAGACAUAUGCGGCACUUGUUUCACCGAGUUGUUGGCGUGCCGAUGGCCAUGAUCGCCAUGAUGCAAUGAGAGAUAUAGAAAGAAAGGGAGAGAGCAUCGAGUGCGAUAUUAUCACAGAAGUAUUCAGGCAGGCAUCGCAGAUAGUAACAGAGAUAUUGAACGCCAGUGAAAUUGAUAUUAGUGUGAGUGGCACUACCGCAGUGUCGAUACUGGUGCGAAAGACAGAUCUAUUUAUCGCCAAUAUUGGAGACAGUCGCGCGGUGGUCGCCAAAUUUUCAGAUGAGCAACAAUGCUACAGGCUACAUUGCGAGACGAAGGACCAUAAACCUGAUGUACCUGAAGAGUGUACUCGAAUAAAGAUGCAUAACGGACGGGUGUUUGAUUGGGGAUCCUGUCGCGUGUGGCUUCAAGAUGUCGACAUGCCAGGAUUGGCCAUGUCACGGUCGUUCGGAGAUUCGGUAGCUAAAACUGUUGGAGUAAUUGCGGAGCCUGAUGUAUUCAUAGUGGAGACAGUGGAGUUUGGUAGUACAGACAGGGAUCAGGAAGAGCAACGGCCUCUUGCCUUUGCAGUACUUGCUAGCGAUGGAAUCUGGGAAUUUAUGACAACCGAAGAGUGCAUACAUUUUCUUGGAGAGUGUAUCAUCAAUACAGGCAUGUCUCCUCAAGACGCUUGCACAGCAUUGAUAGAAGAAGCAUGCAAGCGUUGGGAUUCAGAAGAGGACGUGAUAGACGAUAUUACUGCAGUUGUUGUCUACUUUUGA